CCGCUGCCGCCGCCGGACGAGGCCGACUGCCCUACGCCGCGACUCCAGCUCGGCCCGCCGAAGGGACUCGAGUGGGUGCUGGUGGAGGCGCCAGGGCUGGGGCGAGCGAUGCAGCUCACGAGACAUGACGUACGCCUCGAUGAGCGGAACGCCGCGGUGCGGCUUGAGGGCGGCUGGCAGCGCGCACUGGCGGUGGUGCCCGACGAGAAGGCCGAGCUCGUUAGGAACGUGCGAGAGGCCUACCGCGGGCGUAAGUUCGAGGAGUGGAUGGAGGAUCGAAAGGGCGACGAGGUGGCAGACUCCGCUGGGCUAGCUGAGAUCGGCGAGCGCGCAGGCGCCUCGGCGGGGCACCGCGAGCGCGCAGGCGCGCAGGAGGAGGCCGAGGAGGACCAGCUCUCGCAGACGCUGCGCAUGGCUAAGAGGUUCGAGAGGGCUGGCGGGGGCCCGCUCUCGUGGCUGGCGCUGUGGCUGCGGGGGAAGGGCGUCGGUCAUAAUGAGCGCGCGGCGAUCGAGAUGACCACCCUCCUGACGGCGGUUCAGCAUCCAGGAUCGCAUGAUCAGUUGAACAUCGCGUCCUUGGCUUCGACGGAGGUGAUGCGCAGACGAGUGGCCCAGAUCACAGAGGCCUACCGCGACGACCCCAUCGAGACCCAA